CUCUCUUAUUGUAGUUAGUUGCAACCAUUUUGUAAAGUUACCAAAAAUUGAAUACCAGUUCCUUCUCUGCUUUUCUCUCUGUUUUUCUUCGUCUUCUUCCUCUAGCUUAGGGUUGCUUCAAUUUCAAGCUUUUUCACUGUGACUAUGAAUUUCAGCAUGGUAUCAAAGCUCAUGGUAGCCUGACCUGUGCUCAUUUCGUUUCUAUCCGCUGCAAUCUUCCUUUUGUUUGAGUACCAAACAGAAAUUCCCAAAUUACCAGAUCAAGAACCCUAGAAAUUGCUUCUUCAUCAUUUAUACAAUUACCAAAUCAAAUACCAAAUUCCUGUACAACUACGAAGCAAAAUCAUCAAGCACCGAUUUGAAGAAAUCUCAGAGUUUUGAUUAGAUUUGUAGCUUUUCAUUCUCAAUUUCUCAGAUACUUUACUCUUCACGAAGUUCGCUCGAAGAUUCAAGGUGAAUUUCAUCCUCAAGAUUCAUUCUUGUAGCUGUUCUCAUCAAGAUCGAUUUGGUAUGGCGAACUCAAAUCAACUUUGUGAUGCUAUCUCUGUUCGACUGGACGAAACAAAUUACCCGACCUGGGUUUUCCAGAUGCAUCACUACCUUCGUGGCCAUGGUUUACUGAAAUAUGUUGAUGGGUCUCAUCCUUGCACCCCAAUUUCACAUCUCUGGUGACAGUUCUCUCAUUUCUGAUAAUACUGGAGCUUAUGAAAAAUGGUUGGAACAAGAUAGUUUACUCAUCUUCAUGAUCACGACUACACUUUCUGCAGAAGCUUUGACUUGGGUAAUCGGUUGUCAAACAUCUAUGGAGUUAGAGACAAAUUGGCUGUUGCUGGGCUGUGUAUGUCUGACCAAGAUAUUAAAGUUCUUAUUCUUGCUGGAUUACCUAGUGAAUAUGGCCACACAAGACAAAUCAUAAGAGGGAAAAAUAAUAUAGCUUUGGAAGAAGUUAGGUCACUAUUGCUCUCUGCUGAAUAUGAGAUUGAACUGGAAAAUAAAGCAUUACCAUUGUCUUCUCUUGCUGCUAUGGUAGCACAAAAUGGUGUUGUUAAUUCCUCUCAAGCUAUGCAGUAUGGAAUACCAAAUACAGGGACAUCAUCUCAUGCCAUUUUUCCAUCUCAAUAUGCUGGAAAUUGGUCUUUGGCAUCUACUCUACACACUGCUGCAUCAAGUAUGGGUUUAAUGCCUACUGACUAUGGGAUACCAAAGAAUUACAUGAUUUCAAGUGCUGCUAUCAAUGUGCCUAAUGUUACCUCGAGUUGUCAAGACAUGACUCCAUUUACUACCAAUUUUGGUGCCUCUCAGACAAUGCUUACUUCUGGAUACAUGUUGAAUUACAAUAUUGGUAAUGGAAGUUGCUUUUCUGCACCUAUACCUUCUUAUGGCUAUGCACCUCAAACUCGUGGUUUCAUGCCCCAACAUGACAAUGGUGUUCAUACUCCUGUUUCUCAGCAAGGUUUCUCUCAGAAUAAUGUGUCACAACAGCAGGAUUCAUUUUCACAAGCUUCAAACAACUCACACUCUGAUGGCGGCUAUGCAAAAGACAAUUUGGGUUAUCCCAAUUUUCCAAACAAGGGUGCAAACUACUCUGACAGGAACCAUGGCAACAUGAAUGACAACAAUAGGCCAAGAAACAAUGACAUCUCAUCUUUCAACAAUCCUAUUGUGUGCCAAAUUUGUGAAAAACCAGGGCACAGUGCUUCCAUAUGCUAUUACAGGUUUGGUGUUGAGGCUUCCACAUCUAUUGUUAAGUGUCAAAUCUGCAAGAGACUUGGUCACAGUGCUAAAACCUGCAGAUAUAGACAACAAUCAAACAACUCUGAGAAUAGCCCAAUAUCUAUGGUUGCUCGUAAUAGCAUCAAUAACUUUUAGGUUCCAUUAUUUCACUCAAGUUCAUCUCCUCUUGGUUCUGUUACACAAAUGGAGUAUUUGCCAUCAUUGAAUUCCAUGCCUACCAGCUCAAGAUGUAUUCCUGCACCUGGUAUGCCAAUUAAUUUGCCUCUCAAUGACCUCAAUACUGCCUGUGUUGCAAAUGUUGGUCAGCAUAUUGGUUUUUCUGGCCAGCCCCAAGUCUAUCAUCAAAUCAGUAGUCCAGCCCAGAAAAAUAGUGGGUUUUCUCAUCAAAAUGUCUCAUUCCAGUCAACCACCGGUCUCACUCAACAGCAGCAUUACCCUGCAAUCAAUGGUUAUGCUACUAGCAAUAUCUAUCAACAAAGUCAAGACUAUAUUGGAGACUUCACUUUGAAUCUACUUUCUAAUCCUCCAUAUGAGCCUAAAACGAAAUGCGGACAGGUGUAUCAGUUCAUGGACAUAAUGCACUGGCUGCCGCUAAUUCCUACAGGUUGAAACAAGUGUAUUUGUUUCUUGUCACUGUUUUGUGCAACCUGAUGAUUGGUCCCCCAACCAUCAGUUUGAGGGGGGAUGUUAAGGUGAUAUAAGGGAGUCAAAGGUCAAAAGGUGCAUCAGCAGCAAAGUGGUAUAAAUAGGGAAAACCUCUCUUAUUGUAGUUAGUUGCAACCAUUUUGUAAAGUUACCAAAAAUUGAAUACCAGUUCCUUCUCUGCUUUUCUCUC